CUGUCAGGAUCUGUCACAUUAAUCACAUUGUCAUCUUGCACAAGCGGCGAGUCAUUCAAAAUUCUAGUCUUCUCUCAAAAUCAAUAACAAUGUCUCUAAAAAGCGCUAAAGGGGUUCAAGUACAAGGGAAACCGAAGAAGGAAAACAAGGGGCCAUGUCCGUGGCUCUGCAACAUGGUCCCUACGAAUGUCCCGGGGCCGGGAGCAGCUCAGUCCAUAUUGCACCCUCGGAAGGACGUGUUUGUUCUAAAGGUUGCCAAAGUGGGACCAACGGGUGAUCGUCGUUGUAAAAUGGAGCUUGAGCUAGUUACACCUAAGGGACCAGAGAAAAAACCUAUGUGUCGCAUUGACACCAGAGAGACACAGUGCGACCCUGAACCCCCACCAUGCUGCUGCAUGAAACCCAAAAAGAAGAGAAAGUGAAAUGCUCUACUAAUGUUAAGAAUAACCUAAAACCUCUAGGCCGAAAUGAAGUGAUUCCGAUGUAUAGUAACAUAUGAAUAUAAAUUAAC